AUGGCCUAUCGCCAAGCUCGCCUCCUGCCACCCGCCGACGCACCCGUGAGCGAGGCCUGGAUUGGCGUCUUCGAUCAUGUACAAGGAUCUAUCGCGCGUCUGGAGGCACUGCCAUCGCACCGACUCCCGACAACGGCCCACGUGCACCUCGAGUGGCAGCCGUCGGCCGUGACAUUGCCGAUACCGCCCGUCGGCCUCAUGACGAACGCGCUGUUAGAAGACGGCAUGCUCUGGCACUGCCGGUGGUUUGGUACCGACUAUGGCCAGUGGCGCUGCCGUAUCUUUCCGUGUACCCCGACGCCACUUGGUCACGGAGCGUCGGCGGUCGUGGGGGUCGUUGGCAAGACGACGCAGUUGACAUUCUCAGGCCACCCGUCGUCGACCGGCUUUUGCCUCGUGGACCUUGAUGGCCAGUGCGGUGUGCGCAGCGAAGCCCUCGCCAAUCUGUCCGAGCUCUUGUUGCCGCAGCUGCAGACGCCCACGCCGUCGCCGAGCCACGUUGUGCUCGCGGGGCCGCUGGGCAGCGGCAAAUUGCACACGGUGCGUCAGCUCGCCAAAGACGCGAAUGCGCGUUUGCUCUUUCUCGACGCGCACAUGACGGCGGCCAGCGACGUGGCGACGGUGCUCCACGAGUGCUUUCAAGCGCUUCUCGCCAUGGCGCCUGCGAUCCUCUGCAUUCCACACAUUGAACGCAUCUUCCCCAAGUCGCUCGGAGGCGCAGGUGGCGGCAGCGAGCGCCGCAUCAUCGACCUCUGCUCGCGACUCGUCACGCUAGGUCAGUUUCCCGACCGCGUCGCCGUCAUUGGCACAUCGAUCGACCCGACGGCGCUGCAUCCCAAGGUCGGCGCGUGCUUUACAGACGAGCUCUCGAUGCCUGUGACGACGCUCCCUUUCCGUCGACAGCUCCUCCUGCACUUUGCAGCGCACAACAGCGAUACGGUGGCGCCUCUGGUCGAUGAUGACACGGACGCGCAGCUCAUCCAGUGCGGGCAGCAACCCAGCGACAUUGCAGCUCUCGCCAACGCGCUCGACCUCUCGUCGCAGCUCGCGCGUCUCCAGCUCAGCGCGACCAAAUCGCUCGUCUCGGUGCCCAAGGUCGCGUGGAGUGACAUUGGUGGCGCCGAGCUUAUCAAGCAGCAGCUCCAGGAAAUGGUCGUGUGGCCGUUCGAGAAGCCGGACGUGUUUCGGCGCAUGGGCAUCUCGCCGCCAAUUGGCCUCAUCUUGUAUGGCCCCCCCGGGACAGGCAAAACGAUGCUCGCCAAGGCCGCGGCGACCGCCACGUCGUGCAACUUUCUCAACGUCACGGCCAGCGAUCUGCUCUCGAGCGAGUUUGGCGCGAGCGAGCGCGCCCUUGCGGACGUCUUCCGGACCGCCAAAGCCAUGAGUCCCUGCAUUGUCUUUCUCGACGAGUUCCAGUCCAUUUUUGCCAAUCGGUCGGGCGCGGGGCAGAUUGGGGCGAGCAUGGCGUCGCAGCUGCUGCAGGAAAUGGACGCGCUCAAGGCGCUCAGUGACGAGUCGUCCGAGAGUCAUCUGCAGUACGUCUUUGUCUUGGCCGCGACCAACGCCUUGGACGCGAUCGACGAUGCGUUCUUGCAGCCGGGUCGGUUUGAAAACAUCUUGUAUGUGGGGUACCCCGACGACGACGGCCGGCGCCAGAUUCUGACUCUGCUGCAAACCAGCAUGUCAUGGGCCGACGACGUCGCGAUCCACGGGCUCGUCGACACGACCAAGGGUCUUAGCGCCGCUGAAAUCGUCUCGGUCGUGCGCACGGCCGGCCUUCUCUCGCUCAUGCGCGAUGGCUCGGAGCAGGUGCACCAAGAGGCCUUUGACGACGCACUGCUCCAAGUGUGGCAACGCCAUGUGCCUCUCUCGACCUAA